UUGCUGUUGAUCGACUGCGAAGGUAUCUAUCGAGGUUUGGUGAACGUUAGAAAAGAGAAGGAAAACAUGCAGGCCGCAAAGGAGAAGAUCAGCAACGUGAUGAGCUCAGCUAAGGCUAAUGUUGAGAUUCAGAAGGCCAAGGCCGAAGAGAAGGCAGAGAAGGCGGCUGCUAGGACAGAAGGCGAGAAAGAGAUGGCACACCAGCGCAAGGAAGCCAAGGUGGCUGAGGCCAAGAUGCACCUUCACGAGGCCAAACUGCAGCACAAGGCCGAAAGAGAGCGGGCAAAGCAUGAAGCUACGGCGGGCGUGCAUGGCAUCCAUGGACAGACCGCUGGAGUGCAUCCGGCGGCCGCUGCUUAUGCACCAUCCACCGACCUGCACCCAUCUAGCACCGCCGGCGUUUAUGGCGCCCCUCAGGCACCAGAGGCAGGUUUCGGCACCACUCAGGCACCAGCCGCAGGUUACGGCACCACUCAGGCACCAGCCGCAGGUUACGGCACCACUCAGGCACCAGCCUCAGGUUACGGCACCACUCAGGCACCAGCCUCAGGUUACGGCACCACUCAGCCACCAGCCUCAGGUUACGGCACCACUGAAGCUGCCACAGGCGCAGCUUUCCCGGCAACGGUAACUGUAGCUUCGAAGUAUCCGGCGACUGGAACGGAGCCCUCUGCCAAGCGCGUCUGAUCAUUUUUCUCUUGUUCUACCGUCUCUUUGUUGUUACUUGUCUAGGUGUCUUCCUUUGAUUAGGAUGUAGUGUGGAUAAUCGUUUUUGUUUGUGAAGGUCUUGUGUUUGCGAACCAAAAUGAUCAAUCUUCUUCUUUGGUUCUACUACGUUCGUCAUGAGUACGAUAAUGGAAAUGUCACUAAAA